AUGAACAGCAAAGCAGCGCAAGAUCGACAGCAGCGCAUUUUGCUCGAUCUCGUCCGACAGCCAGGCAACGAUGUGUGCGCCGACUGCAAAGGACGCGCUCCAAGAUGGGCGUCAUGGAACCUCGGCAUAUUCAUCUGUGUACAGUGUGCCGGCGUGCACCGCAAGAUGGGUGUGCACAUUAGCAAGGUCAAAUCUAUCACACUCGAUACCUGGACUCGCGAGCAGGUCGAUAGGAUGAAGGAGGUCGGCAAUCUCAAGAGCAAUCGCAAGUACAAUCCGGACGAGAUGCGCAAUCGACCACCCACCAACAUGGAAGAGAGCGAACGCGACAGCGAGCUGGAAAAAUACAUUCGCAGAAAGUACGAGUUUCGCAGAUUCGUCGAGGGUCGUCCUCCGCCGGUGCCUUCCAAGGACGCUACUUUCCUCACUUCUCCUUCCGGAUCAGUCGAGUACUCGCAUGCGCCAAGGUCUCCCGUUGAGCCGAUAUCGUCUUCGCAAUCCUCUUCCAGCCUCGCACAAGGCAGCAGCAUAGCUCGGUCUCGCACAGCCCCCAUCCCAUCCACCUGGAGCGAGGCUCAGCAGCGAGUCAAAGCCAACGCGCCUCCCCUGCCGAAUCCAACAGCAGCCGGCUAUCGCGCUGCAAGCGGAUCUCAGAUCAACGGUACAUCUGCUUUGUCAACCCGAUCAACAGCACUGACACAGUCGUCUCUGCAGCUCCCUGGCGCUUCAGUGCCUCUGCGAACUACCAGCGCACUCAACACAAGAGAUGGUGGCCAAAUCGCCUCUGCAUCCAAGCCGACCACUCCAACAGUACAGUCGAGCGUCUUUGACGAUCUUAUAUCGCUCAAUGAAUCGUCACAACCUACAGCAACCCAACCGCCGCUUCAAAUGAAUCCGUGGGCGUCGUUGCAGGCACAGCAACAAGCUGUACUUAGCGCCCCCGCCAUUCAGGAGCCAACCGGCCUUUUUUGGGCAGGACAACCCUCACCGAACGGCGUUGCGUCACCAAUGGCUCCGUUCGGCAUUAGCCCUUCGAACAACAACAUGACCUUCGACCCGGUGCGCAACACGCCCCAACAUGCCAACACCAUGCCAUCACUGAGCGUCUCUUCGGCUCAAAAUCCAUUGAGCUCGCAGGCAACGGGCAUGCUGAGUGCGAGUAAUGGCGGCAUGUACUCGCAAUUUGAGCAGCAGAGAAGUGUGGGCCUGGGAAGCAUGGCGUUUUCCACCUCGCCGCUACCGUCUCCGGGCUUCGCUCCAAGCAAUCCUUUCAACGCAACGCAGUCCAACUCUGCAGCUCCUCUGCCACAGACCGCCGGCUUUGUAGGCGUCAACAGUUUGUUCCAGCAUCAGCCGCAGCAGCUUGGACAGGUCGCUUUCCAGGGCCAAGCCAACAUCCUCGCCCCGAAUCAAGCCUUUUACGGUCAGCAGCAGUAUUCAAUCCAGAUCCAGCCGGCUAGCAACGGCGUUGGUCAUUUCCAGUCUUCGAUGAUGCCAAACGGCUUUGGGCAGGCACAAUUUGGCACAAGUCACCUUAUGCAACAGCAACAGCGGCAGCAGCAGCAACAACAACAACAACAACAACAACAACAACAACAACAACAACAACAACAACAACAACAACAACAACAACAACAACAACAACAACAACAACAAAAUACCCAGCAAUUCGGUCAGCGGCCAUAA